CGGCGGGUUUUUGGGGGUCCAGCGACCAGUCUCCUUUCAUCCGUCAACGUAAAGGAGAACAACUCCUCCUCUUCUGCUGUUACGCGCACGCAUGCAGCCUCUUCAGGCAAAAGACAAAACAUUAACUUAACAGACUAGGCGGACGGGAAACAAGUCAGUCUCAGACGAACCGGCAGGAUUUUAUAAAGCAAAGGCUGUGUUUUUUCUUAUUUUUUUCUUUUUUAUGAAGCUUUUCCGAUUAUUUUUCUUUUCCUCCACCAACUAAAAGUAGUUUGCACGACAUAUUUCAUCUAUAAGCAUCAACUUGGACUGUUGAACCUGGAAAAGGGGAAAGGCGCAUUUCUCACCGGCCUGUGCGUAAAAAUCUAUUUUUUUUGUUUUUUUUUCGGUGAUCCAACAAGACGGCCGCCGUCCCGUUUCUGAUGCUGCAAACCGCGCACUUCUGCAAAACGGAGGAUUUUCUCAAUGCUUUGCAGACUGUCGAAUCCCUAAAUUCCGCUCCCCGGGAGAAGGAGGCUGCCCGGCCGAGACCCGUGCAACGGGGGCUUCCAUAGUUUGGUAUGUCAGUUUCCCGUACAUGGAAAUAAUUCAAGACAGACACAUCAAUUCGGUGGCAACGAAAAUAAAAAAACAAAAACAAAUCCUACCUGAGAGAAAAAAUAGAUCCAGGGAAGAAAAAGCAAUCUAUUAAUGAAUUAGUCAUCGCUUAUUAAUAAUGAGAGCUGCAGAGAUUCGAAUGACGGUUUCCAUUGGCAGAUGAAACGUAGUGUGGAGAGCACGUGUCCAGUUUUUUCCUCAUAUUUUUCCCUCUAUGAUCUGGAUUUCUCACUUGUCAUCGCAAGAAAAAGGAACCCCCCCCCCCCCCCCAAAAAAAAAAAAAAAGAAAAAUUGAGAUUCUCCGGUGCCAUUGUCGCGCGGGGCUUUGCUUCUGAUGGACAUCUUGGCUUGCAGAUCCGAAGAGAACAGUUAUAAUAUCCUCCCUUCUGCAGCGACGAUGCUCUUCCACGGCCUCCCCGGAGGCGACGUGCACGGCGUGGUGGAGGAAAUGGACCGGAGAGGCAAAGGCGAGUCAGCUGCCAUCAGCUCGGCCAUCGAUAUGGGAGAAUCCGAAACGUCCAUGCCGUGUAUGGCCAACGAGCGCGUGGCCCUGUGCGCGGGCUGCGGCCGGAAGAUCGCUGACCGCUACUACCUGCUGGCCGUGGACAAGCAGUGGCACAUGCGCUGCCUCAAGUGCUGCGAGUGCAAGCUCAACCUGGAGUCCGAGCUCACGUGCUUCAGCAAGGACGGCAGCAUCUACUGCAAGGAGGACUACUACAGAAGAUUUUCGGUGCAGAGGUGCGCCAGGUGCCAUUUGGGCAUCUCGGCCUCGGAGAUGGUGAUGCGCGCCCGGGACCUGGUCUACCACCUCAACUGCUUCACGUGCACCACCUGCAGCAAGAUGCUGACCACGGGGGACCACUUCGGCAUGAAGGACAGCCUGGUGUACUGCCGCCUGCACUUUGAAACCCUCAUCCAGGGAGAAUACCAGACUCACUUUAACCACGCGGACGUGGUCCCGCACAAAGGCCUGGGCCCGGCCAACACGCUCGGACUAUCCUACUUCAACGGGGUGGGGACGGUGCAGAAGGGCCGGCCCAGGAAAAGGAAAAGCCCAGGGCCCGGAGCCGAGCUGGCCGCCUACAACGCAGCGCUGAGCUGUAACGAGAACGACGGCGAGUCCAUGGACCGGGACUCCCAGUACAGCUCCAGUCAGAAGACCAAACGCAUGCGGACCUCCUUCAAGCACCACCAGUUGCGGACGAUGAAGUCUUACUUCGCCAUUAACCACAACCCGGACGCCAAGGACCUCAAGCAGCUGGCCCAGAAGACCGGCCUCACCAAGCGGGUCCUACAGGUCUGGUUCCAAAAUGCCCGCGCCAAGUUCAGGAGGAACCUGCUCCGGCAGGAGAGCGGCGGGGUGGACAAGGCGUCGGACGGCUCCACGCUGCCGGGCGGGACCCCCUCGGGCCCGGCCUCGGAGAUCUCCAACGCGUCCAUGAGCCCGUCCAGCACCCCCACCACCCUCACGGACUUGACCAACCCCACCAUGCCCACCGUCACCUCCGUGCUCACCUCAGUGCCCGGCGGGAUGGACGUCCACGAGUGCCGGAGCCCGUCACAGACCACGCUGACCAGCCUCUUCUGAUGGUCGGAGCGCUGACCCCCCCCCCCCACCCCCAUCCCCACACACACAUAAACACUUAAACACACACAGACGCUAUUACACACACACACAUUUUCACUUUACCCAUACCGAAUCCUAAACUGAGCACUGUUUCAAAACCUCUGAACUUAAAAGAAACGAGAC